AUACACUUCGAACGGGAUAGACAUACACAGAAACAAGUCUCUUCGUCAAUUUCUCGGACAUUUCAAUUUAUUUAUCUCAAUUCAAUAAUCAAUUCAAUUACCAUCGAUAUGCUAUGCCCUCCAAGGACUACUCCCACUGUCAAGGGUCAACAGCCCAACGAUCGUCUGACUCUACCAGGAGUUUGUCUUCCAUUGGAUUUUACUCCAGAGGCGAUGAAUGGAUAUGGAGUCAGGACUCGUUCAUUGUUUCCGUCCGUACUGGAUGAUAGAGAUAUCGAGGCAGGAUUUAUUGAUCAGCCUGUUAUAACAAUCAGGGAGAAGAAAAUGCUUCGAUUGAUGAACGAAUUCACUGAUAAAAAGGAUUGGUUUAGGAAGGUCUUUGACGAAUGCUACAUGCAGAGCUGGGAGAUUGAGUUAAAGGACGACCCAGAAGUUACUGAUAGAAUGAUCAGGUGGUUAAGGGAUGAACUCAAAUUCAAGGCCCAGAUUGCCGAAGUGCUUGGCUUCAUUAACAUCUUCCACGGAGAUGUUGUCAAAUCAUGUGCAGAUUUCUUCCAACACGACAAGUUUCGGGUUGAGUUGUGUAAUGCUAUCAGGACUCUCGAACAGGGAUUGGGAACAUCACAGGAGUACCAAAUGGCCACUGAGGAAAGAGAAUGGGACUACGUGCAUCCAUCAUUCUUCCCAGUGGAGUUUGGCAAAACCAGGGUUCUCCCAGAUCGUGUGAUAGGUCUUGAUGAUGCAAUAGAAAGCAUGGGACAGGGCGUGGUUCUUCCAAUCCCUGAAGAUCCUGGCCCUUCGCGCCAGGAGUUGAGUUGGAAUAUCGCCUCACGCGCAGAUAUCAUGUCGCGUCCUUAUAGCUCCCGGUUUCAAUGGCUUCCCAGUGAUGUGUUUUUCCGACCUGAUGGGACUGCUUAUUUUGCGGGUUAUAUCAACAAUAUUCACCCCACCAGAGAUCGCAACCUCUAUCCGAUUUUGGAGAAACUGCUGGAUAAAGUUAUUCCGAUGUUCAAUAUGGUCCUCACCCCGUUCAUGAGUACGGUUCAUGCUCAGGCCCGGAUCGAGUUGCAGAACAUCGAAUAUGUGGAGAAAUAUCCAGGUAAGACAGAGCCGAAACCAGUAGAAUCCACACUAGAGGAAAGAGGGGUUUAUGAAGAGAGAUUACGCGCUUGGAGAAGAAAGUGGUUCAAGGCCGUGCAUCCUGAACCUGGAGAGUUUAAUCCAGUUGGUGUCCCGCCAGAGAUCAUGGAGCAUUUGCCACCUGAGGAGCAAAACAAACACCGCAUGUUGAAUAUAAUGAAUCUGAAGAAACUCUAUGGCCAACGUGGUCUACAAGUCAUCGUGAGAAUAAUGGAUAUUGCUGUGACUCCUGACCAACCCGAAUUCAAAGUUCCCUGGCAUGUGGAAGGGCAAAUUAACGAACACAUCUGUGCUUCUGCAGUUUAUGUCUUCCAAACACAAAAUAUCGAUAAUCUCCGGUUUAAUUUCCGCCAAGUAUCCGACACCCGAGCCUUUCAAGACCUUAACUAUGAGCGUGGGGACACCGUCUGGCUCGAAGAGAUCUUCGGCAUGAAGCAGAACGGCUCUACUGUUCAAGACGCGGGUUACAUUGAUAUCAACCAAGGGAAAAUGAUUGUUUGGCCAAACACUCUUCAACACAAUGCCGACCUCACAAUUAAGGAUAGUUCGGAAGUGGGACACGCUCAUGCCGUACAAUUCAUGCUGAUUGAUCCCAAUAUCCGGAUCAUAUCGACGGCCAACGUUCCUCCUCAGCGAUUGGACUGGAGACCGGAGGCGGAAGAAGCAUGGAAGCGGGGUAUGAACGUGACGAAACUUCCCUUGGAGGAACAACUGAAAAUUUUGCCCAGAGAAGGCGAUUAUCCAUGGCUGUUGCAGGAUGCGCGCAAGAUUUUGAUGGAGAUUAAGGAGGAACGGUCCAAGUUUAAUCACUAUCAGGAUGUAUCUUUUCAUUCGAAGGACGUUAUACUGUGAUUUUCCUUCCUUGUAUCUUGGAAAUCUAUGGACUUAUAUUGACUUGCUUAGAAAAACAAUAGAAUGAAUGUUAGUUCAAUUACACGGCUUUACAGUCAU